GUGAAGUCUGGAGCGCCCGACCAGACCUGCAGCUUGACAGCCCCAACUGUCACUUCCAGGCUGCACUGUCUCACCGCGGGUCUGGAGUUUCAUCCCGACAAAACCUGGGAAAAGUGUUCCUCGAAGCAGUAGCGUCUUUCUGCCUCGCCUAUUCGCGGCUAACGCGGGUCCCGGCUCCCGUCCAGGCGCAAGCCGCCAGGGGCGAGGGUUAGAAGCCCCUUGCGCCGGGCGUGGGGACCCCGGAGCCGGGCGCGGGGCGUGGGGCGCGGGGCGGCUCCCGCGCCGGCACAUGGCUGCAGCCGCCCCGCGCGCACCCCGGGGCUCCGCGCCCAGCUCGCCGAAGGUCCGUCCACUGCGUCCCGCCGCCCCGGAGCCAGGCAGCGGCUGAGCGGGGAGGCGCCCGCGACCGGGGAUCGGGAUGACCCUCCUCGUCCUGCUCGGGCUAGUUUCCUACUAUGUCGGAACCUUGGGGACUCACACUGAGAUCAAGAGAGUGGCAGAGGAAAAGGUCACUUUGCCCUGUCACCAUCAACUGGGGCUCCCAGAGAAAGAUACCCUGGACAUCGAAUGGCUGCUCACUGAUCAUGAAGGGAACCAAAAAGUGGUGAUCACCUACUCCAGCCGUCAUGUCUACAGUAACUUCACUGAGGAACAGAAGGGCCGAGUGGCCUUUGCCUCCAAUUUCCUGGCAGGAGAUGCUUCCCUGCAGAUUGAGCCUCUGAAGCCCAGUGAUGAGGGCCGGUACACCUGCAAGGUGAAGAAUUCAGGGCGCUAUGUGUGGAGUCAUGUCACCUUGAAAGUCUUAGUGAGACCAUCAAAGCCCAAGUGUGAAUUGGAGGGAGAGCUGACAGAAGGAAGUGACCUGACCUUGCAGUGUGAGUCAUCCUCUGGCACAAAGCCCAUUGUGUAUUACUGGCAGCGAAUCCGGGAAAAGGAGGGAGAAGAUGAGCAUCUGCCUCCCAAAUCAAGGAUUGACUACAACCACCCUGGACGAGUGCUGCUGCAGAAUCUCACCAUGUCUUCCUCCGGGCUCUACCAGUGCACAGCGGGCAACGAGGCUGGGAAGGAGAGCUGUGUGGUGCGAGUGACUGUACAGUAUGUACAAAGCAUCGGCAUGGUUGCAGGAGCAGCAACAGGUAUGGUGGCUGGAGCCCUGCUGAUUUUCCUUGUGGUGUGGCUGCUAAUCCGAAGGAAAGACAAAGCAAGAUAUGAAGAAGAAGAGAGACCAAAUGAAAUUCGAGAAGAUGCUGAAGCCCCGAAAGCCCGCCUCGUGAAACCGAGUUCCUCUUCCUCAGGCUCUCGGAGCUCUCGCUCUGGCUCCUCCUCCACUCGCUCCACAGCGAACAGUGCCUCCCGCAGCCAUCGGACACUGUCCACUGAAGCUCCCCGGCCAGGGCUGGCCACCCACGCAUACAGCCUUGUGGGGCCAGACGUGAGAAGUUCCGAACUGAAGAAAGCCCACCAUGCUGCCCCAACCAGAGCAGAAACCACCCCCAGCACAACCCCCAGCCAGAGCAGAGCCUUCCAAACUGUCUGAAUUAGAGUGGACCUGACUCCCAUCCUUUCCGGGGAGUCAGGAUCUUAGGACUCUUCUAGUCAUUAAAGCUCAGUCACCAGCCACACAACCCCCUUGAACCAAAUGAGUGGUCAUUUAAGUAGCAUCGACCACUGUAUGGAACAGACUCACAGGAACACCUUCCUUAUGACACCAAAAAGGAAAAGGAUGUAAGCUGAUCAUCUCCAAAAAGGCAUCUCACUGUGCCUUCAGACCAGAGUCGGGGGAAGGUAGGGGCCCAAAGCUGUGUAUUGGACCUAUGGUGAGAACAGUUGGGGAAAGGGGAAGUGAACACAAUUAGAACUUCUCACUUGGGAUGUUUUGUAUCAACACUUUAAAUUCAUCAUUGUCAAGAAGAAAUACGGUGUUGUUCAUAAUGUUUCUAUGCAUUUCUGCAAACCUACUGGAUUAUUAUGAUUAUUCAGAGUCAAGCAGAACCCACAGCCUUAUAUUACACCUAUCUGCACCAUGAGAGACUCUAAAAAGGGAAGUAUGUCUCUUCUAUCCUGAUUUGACUUCAUUUACCAUAAAGUUUGGAUAUUAAUUUCAAGAGAAGUUGAAAUAGUGGGAGAUGGAGAAGAAUGAUUGUUUUUCCCACUCUAUCCAUUGCUAAUCUUCCUCAUACCAAACCAUAAAAGAACUGAAAAAGGAAGUCCAAAAUAUGUAACUAACGACUGAAAAACUUUCCAUCAUAAUUAUGUUCAGAGGGUCAUUUACAGAUACCAGCAGUAUAUAUACUGGAGCAACUGAGGAUUCUCCCUCAAAUCAAAGGUCUCUAAGGACUUUCCUGCUGGCUAUCUCUGGAGC